CGUCCUUGCCCCCGGCCGCCGCUGCCCAGCCGGAGGCCGCGCAAGGUGCCGCCAAGGAGGGCGGUGGCACGGAGCAGCCGGACCCCUCCACCAUGACUCCCCAGGAACAGCAGCAAUACUGGUACCAGCAGCAUCUGCUCAGCCUGCAGCAAAGGGCAAAAGCCCAUGCUCAGGGACAGCAGCAGAUGAAAAGUCCAGUAGUGAAGGAUGAGCAGAGGGCCAAGUCUGAAGAAGGGAAAAUAAGUGCUUCAACUCAGCAGUCUGAACCUUCUCCUCUCAAUGAAUCCCUGCCUCCAGUAUCCAAAGAAGAUGAAUCUUCUCUUACAUCCACUGAAACUCAGCUCAAUAUUGAACCUCCUGAUGACCCUGAGGAAGAUUUGAGAUUGCAACAAUUGCAAGCAGCAGCAGCUCAAUGGCAGCAGCACCCCCAUCACCGAGUUGGGUUUCAAUAUCAGAGAAUAAUGCAGAAGCAUGCUCAGCUGCAGCAGAUAGUACAGCAGUAUCAACAGAUCAUGCAACAGCCUCCACACUUAGAGACAAUGUCAGUGGACAUGCAGCUGCGACAUUAUGAGGCACAGCAAAAACAGUUCCAGCAGCUUCAUAAAGAUUGGGAGCGAUCAAUGAACCAGCAGUGGCAACAUCAGCUUCAAACCUACCCUCAUAAAGACCAGCUUCAAGAGUAUGAGAAACAGUGGAAAGCAUGGGAUGAACAGAUGAAAGUCACUCAGUCACAUCUGCAGGAAAAAGUGACCUCACUCCAAAAUCUGAAGAAUCAAUAUCCUGCAAAUGUUUCGCUGCCACCUCCAUUUAUUCCAUAUUCUCAAACUGGUCAAGGUGGCAUUCCUAUUAUGCCUCCAACAUUACCUUCAACUACACCUCCACUGGUCCCCCCGCCUCUCUCUUCUGUUUCUCAGUUAUCCAAUUCCUCUGUCCCUUCAGGAUCCAGUUCUCAAAGCAGUCAAGCUACUGAAACACCAAGGCCAGCUCUUCUUCCCACCCCUGGUACCUAUUCAUCAAAAAUAGCUAGUUCAACUAGCUAUUCACCUUACCAUUCUCAAGUAGGUUCAUCCUUUGGCUCAUCUGACCACGGAAAAUCUCAAGGUCAUCUUAGUAAACAAACUGUAAAUAUUUCAUCUGAAAAUCAGUGUGGGGAACUGAAAGGCACAUCUGCUGUGUCUUCAACACACACGCCUAUUGUGCAGGAUAAACCAGUGAGGUCAGGUGGAUUGCUUCCAGAUCCUCCCAGAUCUGCACGUUUUGAAGGCCCUAGAGGCCCUAGAUUUGAUGGACCUCGAGGAAGAGGUUAUGACAAAUUUGAAGGCCCAAGACAGAGAGGACCUCGUUUUGAAUCCCAGCGCUCAGAAGGAUACAGGUCACGUUUUGACCGACAGAAUACAGAUGGACAGUCUUCAAGUAGAUGGGGCUCUAUCCCACGAGGACCAGCAGGACAAUUUUAUACAACAAAUGCAUCACAUGGACACGGUUCCCGACCUGGUGGUCCACGGUGGAUGGGGCCUAGGCCUCAUUUGGGACAGCAGCAGCAGCAGCAGGCACAGACAGACUCACAGUCAGAAAGCAAAGAAUCUUUUACAGACACAGCCGGUGAGCAGCAGUCUGUAACCGGAACAGAGUCUACUCCUGACACACAGAGUGCAGGUCCCAUUGAGCCAAAUGAGGACCUGACAGACACUCAACAGGAACCAUCCAAACCUGAAGUCAAAGAACCUAGUUCAGACCCUCCUAAAAAAUGGACAUGGAGUUCACAUGAUCCCAGCCAGCAAGUCGAAGAGUCCAAAGCACCCACCCCGCCUAUUCAGAACCAGAAUACAGUAGCCCCUGUAACAGGAAAUCAGGAUUUGGAUUCAUCAGAUGGUCAGUUGGCUGCCUCAGAUAGCACCCAGGGCCUACCUGGACCGGAAAGCAGAGGAAAAGGGCCAUUUAUGCAUGAAGAUAGAGGAAAGGGACCAGGAAGCAGAGGAAGGGGCCGUGGCAGAGGGCAGGGGGAUGGCCGUGGCUGGGGAAUGAACCGUGGCCGGGGAAUGGGAAGGAUGGAUGGUGGCCGAGGAAUGGGAAGGAUGGACGGUGGUUGGGGAAUGGGCAGGAUGGAUGAUGGCCAUGGUCGGGGAAUGGGCAGGAUGGAUGAGGGCCGUGGCAGAGGAUAUGUAUACAGAGGCAGAGGGCAGGCUAGGCAGGCAUCCAUCCGAGGCAGGGGAAUGUUCAGGAGGGCAGGCAGCAGGGAGAGGAUACCAGAUAGACGGUCAGGCAGCAGGGAGAGGAUGCCAGAUGGACAGUCAGGCAACCGAGAGAGGGGCCUGGGUGGACGGUCAGAUAGCCAUGAGAGGGUAUUCUCUAACCGAGACAGAGAGCUUCCUGGACGGCCAAGCAGCUGGGAUAGGGGACGGGCCGGAAGCCGGGAGAGAGGCCCAGUCAGACGGGCCUGUAGUCGGGAAAGAGAGCCCAUGCGAGGGACAGGUAGCCGGGAGAGGGAGCCCAUGCGGCGGGCAGGUAGCCGGGAGAGGGUCCCUGUCAGGCGGGCAGGUAGCCGGGAGAGGGUCCCCAUCAGGCGGGCAGGUAGCCGUGAAAGGGACCUGGUCAGGCGGGCAGGUAGCCGGGAGAGGUGUCCCAUCAGGAGGGGAGAUAGCCAUGAGAGGGAAGCAGGAAGAUCUGAAACAGGCAGUAUGGGUAAACCCAUUCACCUAGGAGAUGACCCUGACAAAUUGCCUCCAUACCAUCGAGAUGAAACGUUCAGGGGUUCCUGGGGUCAUGAAGAUGAUACAAUGCAGGAGGAAUUUCCUUUAGAUAGUCAAAAUGACCUGUCUUUGGAGCAUGAGCAAUUGGAUAACUGGGAAAGAGAACAGUACUGGAGAGAUCACAACUCUGAUUAUCAGGAUGAUUCCGUAGAUACGUAUGACAGAGAUGACAGGUUGCAGUCCCACCAUUCAAUGCCUCCAUUGUCUCCCUUACCACCACUACCUCCUUUAUCAUCUGAUCAUGACAGACGAGAUUCAUGGUGGGAUGACUGGAAAGGGCCAAGAGAAAGGGAACUAGAGAGAGAUUUAGAUAGACCUGGAAGAUCCUCAGAUAUUUAUGAUCAAGAUUUAGACAGAGAAUGGGAUAGAGACUGGGACAUGAGACCUAUGGAUGAUAGAGAAAUGGGGAAUCGUGACCUGGAUAUCCCCCCUCUACCACCAUUACCACCCCUUCCACCUCUGGACAGGUAUCGUGAAGACAGGUGGAGGGAUGAUAGGAACAGAGAUCAUUAUGACAGAGAUCUCCGAGACAGAGGGGAGCUUAGGAUUCGAGAAUAUCCAGAGAGAUACGACACAUGGCGGGAGAAGCAAGACUACCUUCCCGAAAGGACUGACUGGGAGAGGGAACGGUUGUCAGAUAGGUGGUAUCCAGAUGAUGGAGAGAGACUGCGGUCUUUGGAUGACCGCUCAGAUUCAUCCCUUCCUCCACCUUCACAUUCCUCUGAUAUGCUGGGAGCAGAUUCAAACCUGGACUCUGACCAGUCCUUGGGAGGAGUGAUGGUCCUAAGCCAAAGACAGCAUGAGAUAAUUCUGAAGGCUGCCCAGGAGCUCAAAAUGCUUCGAGAGCAAAAAGAGCAGCUACAGAAGUUGAAGGAGUUCAAACCUGACAUUUCCACCCAGGACUCUUCAAGACCACAGAACACAAGCACAAGGCCAGGUGCCUUUCAGGUCUCUUCUCAGCUAUCUUCAGAGGCACCAGUAGAAGCCCAAGCUAUUAAACCUUCUCCUGCUGUUAUUAUAAAGCCUCCCGUGUUGUUCAGACAGCCCACCCCUGUGACAAGACCAAGUGCCCCACUGGCAAGGCCUACUACACCUAUGACAAGGCCACAUGCUCCAGUUUCUACUCCAACUACAACCCCAAGUCAUGGUCAAUCUUUAAAACCAUCACCUUCUGCUGUGGAACAGGAACGCUGGGAUGAGGACUCUUUCCAUGGACUGUGGGACACAAAUGAGGAUAAAGGUGCAAACAUGGAGUACGAGUUGUGUAAACAGGAGUCAAUGAUGCCUCCACCUGUCUCCUCGCCUGUGAAAGUACCUGCUGUCCACACCUCCAUUCCAUCAGUACCAGUGUCCCUUUCUCCAGUUAUUCCACCAGUUCCUAAAGCACCCAUCAUUCAGCAAACGGUGGAUUAUGGUCACGGGCGAGAUAUAACCACCAGUAAAGUUGAACAGAUUCCAUAUGGGGAGAGGGUAACCCUCCGUCCAGAACCUCUACCAGACAGACAAACAUUUCAAAAAGAGCAUCCAGGUCGCUACAACAGAGAAAGAGAUCGUGAGCCUUAUUUUGAGCGUCAAGGUAAUUCCAACACAGAUCAUCGGGAUUUCAAGAGAGAGCGGGAAUUGCACAGAGACCGUGGUUCUGUGGACUAUGAGCGAGAGAGAUUUGAAAAAGAGCGGCAUCCCCGAGAUGAUAGGGUUCUUCCUACUACACCUUCAAGAACUCAGUCUUACCGGGACAAGAAGGACCAUCCAUCCUCCAGGCGAGGUGGCUUUGAAAGACCACCAUAUGAACGAAAAACAGAUCGUCCAGCAUAUGAUCAUGGGCCUUCCAUGUUUGGAGAAAAUUCUUCUGUCCAAACACUGGAAUUUGAAGGUGAUCGUAGAAAUUACCCUGAGGAAAGGAUUCCUAUUUCUGCUCCAUCAAUGCCUCGUCAGCCACCACCUGCUCCACGAGUAGAAAGGAAGCCAGAAUCUAAAAACGUAGAUGAUAUUUUAAAGCCACCAGGACGGGAUAGCAGGCCAGAGAGGAUUGUGAUCAUCAUGAGAGGGUUACCUGGCAGUGGAAAGACACAUGUAGCAAAACUCAUCAGGGAUAAGGAAGUAGAAUGUGGAGGACCUGCACCAAGAGUGCUCAGUCUGGAUGACUACUUUAUCACUGAAGUGGAGAAAGAGGAGAGAGACCCAGAUACAGGGAAAAAAGUUAAAAAGAAGGUGAUGGAGUACGAAUAUGAGGCUGAUAUGGAGGAGACCUAUCGUACCAGCAUGUUUAAAACUUUCAAAAAGACCUUGGAUGACGGCUUCUUUCCCUUCAUUAUCCUUGAUGCCAUCAAUGAUAGAGUGCGACACUUUGAACAGUUUUGGAGUGCUGCAAAAACAAAGGGGUUUGAGGUCUACUUAGCUGAAAUGAGUGCUGAUAACCAGACAUGUUCCAAAAGGAAUAUUCAUGGGCGCAAGCUAAAGGAUAUCAGCAGGAUGUCUGAUCACUGGGAGGCAGCACCACGCCAUAUGAUGCGCCUGGACAUUCGUUCUUUGUUGCAGGAUGCUGCUAUAGAAGAGGUGGAGAUGGAGGAUUUUGAUGCAAAUAUUGAAGACCAGAAGGAAGAAGUCAAGAAGGACACAGCAGAGGAGGAAGAAAGUGAACUGGGUUACAUUCCGAAAAGCAAAUGGGAGAUGGACACUUCUGAGGCAAAGCUAGGUUUUUGACAUUUGUGUAGUGUCUACUGCAUGACACAUGUACCUUGAACCGCAAUAGUACGGAUGGAAGCAGACCCCUUUGGAAAAGCAAUCCAGCUUCAAACAUGGAAGGACAUAACAUUUUAAAAUAAAUUCUGUGUAGCAGUAACCAGAAGGGACAGAGGGGAACUUCAUAUUCAGAACAGCUUCUGAGCUCCUCUGCUGAUGUUUGAGCAUUACACGUUUCUUGGCGAUGUUUUCAGUUGUUUGGUGUGCGGCAGGGAGUGGGAGACUUAACUUUCUUUCAUAUUGGUAACGAGGUGAGCUUGCAUCAUAGCUUCCUUCCAACAGGAGUAUGUCUGUCUACAGGUAUUUGCCAACAGAGAGCUCCUCAAUUCUCACUUCUUCAUGUUCUUAAAUGGUCCUCAAUGAGUUUGUUGAUCUCCUGUUCAAUGUUAUUUUUUUCUGGAAAUGCUUAAUGCCACAAAUGAUCUACACUGGUUGAACGUAAUACUGAGAAAAAGUACGUUAUGUGCUGGAGUAACAGAGGAAUAUUGUAUAAAUCAAUUUUGUCUUCUAGAGGGAGUGUCGCCUUUCUGUGGAGAUUGAGCAUCAGAUUUGGCAGAUUUAACUUAGUGCAAAAGAAGAACCUUAACUAAAUCAUGUAAUAGAUAGAAAUAUUCUGAAUAUUUUUCUUAAAUGUUGGCUAUUUUAAGAAGCAGGGGGAUUAUAAUGUUUUAUUAGAAGAAGUUCUGUAUCUGUUCUAGGGAAAUGGGGCAAAGGUGGAUUUUUUAAAUGGUUUUGAGCUGUAUGAGGGAGAAAUAAUUUCACUAAUUUAUGGCUUUUAAAUUAUAUUAGCAUGUCUACAGUACCAUUGCCUCACAUUAUCUCCAUUGUUACUCUUCUCUCCCAUAUUGAGCAAAAAAACUAAUCUCUGAACUGUGCUUCUUUAAGUACAUACCUUUGAACAUCAUCUUCUGCUAUCCAGAAAAUAAUGUUGCCUUGUAUUUGGUCUGUUUCUGAGGCCUUUUGUGGGUGAAUUUAAUUGCAAUAGUGACUUCUGAAACAAUAUUUCUAACAUCACCGAUAAUGGUUUAAUGAAUGUAAUUGCCAAGCUUAGUGUUCCUUCUACACAUACUUGAAUUGUUGGCUUAUAAAUUGGUAGUUUACAUCGGCAGAAGUAACAGAAUUUCCUUUGACCUGUAGUGCUGGUUUUCCUUUUCAUGCUUUGUUGUUCAUAAUCUUAAAAUGAAUGUUUCAUCUCCUUUCCAAAGAUAGUUUGCCACAUAAUUUUAAGAAGGUGUUGUUUUCUUUAUUAAGUGUCUAAAGAGGAGCAAAAUUUUAGAACCUAGGAACGGAAUUGUUUCUCCUCAUGUUAUAUCGGUUCGAUAAGAAAAAGAAGAAAAUGAGGACUGUUGGACAAAUGUACUGCUCAAAUAUUCAUGACUGACCUCUUACACCAUGAAAGAAAAGAUUCUGAGAUAUUUUUCUCCCAGUCCUGGAAGACUUCCUAAGUGGUUUGCCUUAUGGGGAGAGAAAAAGAAAAGGGAGGAUCAGGCUUUUCAAGGAGCAUUUUGUUCAGCAGAAACAGUAUCUCAAAAACUUGUCUUUUAUGCAUUAAAUUAUAUAAUUGCCACUUGUUCCCUGAUACUGCAUGUAUGCCAUGUUUGACACAGUAUUGAUCCCCAAAUUUGGGAAAAAUGCUACAGCUUUAGUAUUGUGUUCAAAUACAGCAAGAUGGAUCUGUGGUUCCUAGCUAUUGUUGGCUAUAUUGUACCUGUAAGGACAGACUCCAUUAUAGAUCUGGAAGAGCAAACCUUUUCUCCCUAAUAUAGAAAACAACACUGAGUGUUAUUGCCACAGAGUUAACGUGAAAGAUCAAUAAAACUUGAAAACUG